CCCUCCUGGCUCAUUCUGGUCACCCCGGACACUCCCUCUGUCCUUUCCCAAGAGUGCAGUGGCUGUGGGCGCCGCGUCCCAGAGGGCACGGACGCCAGAAGCGUCGUUUCCUCUCCUCUACAGGUCCUCCCGGCCCGGCCCGAACAUGCUGGACGGCCUGAAGAUGGAGGAGAGCUUCCAAGGCGCCAUCGAGACCUCGGCCUCCUUCUCUUCGCUACUGGGCAGAGCGGUGAGCCCCAAGUCUGUCUGCGAGGGCUGUCAACGGGUCAUCUCGGACAGGUUUCUGCUGCGGCUCAACGACAGCUUCUGGCAUGAGCAGUGCGUGCAGUGCGCCUCCUGCAAAGAGCCCCUGGAGACCACCUGCUUCUACCGGGACAAGAAGCUCUACUGCAAAUAUGACUACGAGAAGCUGUUUGCUGUCAAAUGUGGGGGCUGCUUCGAGGCCAUCGCACCCAAUGAGUUUGUUAUGCGGGCCCAGAAGAGUGUGUACCACCUCAGCUGCUUCUGCUGCUGUGUCUGUGAGCGGCAGCUCCAGAAGGGGGACGAGUUUGUCCUGAAGGAGGGGCAGCUGCUCUGCAAAGGGGAUUAUGAGAAGGAGCGGGAGCUGCUCAGCCUGGUGAGCCCAGCAGCAUCAGACUCAGGCAAAAGUGAUGAUGAAGAAAGUCUUUGCAAGUCAGCCCAUGGGACAGGGAAAGGAGCUGCUGAGGAUGGCAAAGACCACAAGCGCCCCAAACGUCCCCGAACCAUCUUGACAACCCAACAGAGGAGAGCAUUCAAGGCCUCGUUUGAAGUAUCCUCCAAGCCGUGCAGAAAGGUGAGGGAGACUUUGGCUGCGGAGACGGGGCUGAGCGUCCGUGUGGUCCAGGUGUGGUUCCAGAACCAGAGAGCUAAGAUGAAGAAGUUGGCCCGGCGGCAGCAGCAACAGCAACAAGAUCAGCAGAACACCCAGAGGCUGAAUUCCGGUCAGACAAAUGGUGGUGGGAGUGCUGGGAUGGAAGGGAUCAUGAACCCCUACACGGCUCUGCCCACCCCACAGCAGCUCCUGGCCAUUGAGCAGAGUGUCUACAGCUCAGAUCCCUUCCGACAGGGUCUCACCCCUCCCCAGAUGCCUGGAGACCACAUGCACCCCUAUGGUGCCGAACCCCUUUUCCACGACCUGGACAGUGACGACACCUCCCUCAGUAACCUCGGUGACUGUUUCCUAGCAACUUCAGAAGCCGGGCCCCUGCAGUCCAGAGUGGGAAACCCCAUUGACCACCUGUACUCCAUGCAGAAUUCUUACUUCACCUCUUGAGUCUUCCCCCAGAGUUCUGUGGCUAGGCUCCCAUAUGGAACAACCACGUUAUGUGCGGGGUCGGCUGGCUUUAGGAUGGGGAUGGCCAGGGAAGAGGUGGGUUGGGGAGGGAGUUUUGUUGGGGAUGCUGUUGUGAAAUGAUAUGGCAUAGCUCGGCAUUUCCAAAGACUGAAUACAUUAUGGAUUGCAUAGUUUAAUGUUUCUAAUAAGAGUCUUAGCGUUAGGUCUGAAGAUGUGUUUAUCAUUAAGGACAGGGACUUUUAAUAUAGACAUUCUCAUGCAAACUAGAAACCUAGAGACUAGAAAACAACUUCCCACCAUUUUGGGGAAGCUCUUGUCAAGAGGUGCAUAUGUCUAUCCAUCCAUACGCCCAUAGACAGACAGACAGACAGAUAGAUAGAUGUGUGCGUGAGUGUGUAACCUUUCAUACUUUAUCAUCAAAGUUUAUUCCUAAUUAUAACAGACACCAACUGUACAGCAAAAGUAACUUUAUUUUCAGUGUGAACUAUAUUUAAGGAAAUUCUUGAUGCACUUAAGUUAUAAAAUGAGAUAAUUUACUUUUAUAAACUUUAGUUUUAGUUUGAAGAGACUUGUCGGCAGGGCAGAGAGGGCUGCUCCACCAAGCCCCAUAGCUUUGAGUGCUUGAGUGAAUUCUGUUUUCAGAGAGUGUCGUUGAGGUCUGGAAGGCAACUCUGUGUGGCUGACAGUGUUCUCUCUUGGAUUUUUGCUCUCUUUAAGGUUGAAUCACUGGGCUUGGGUGGGACAGAAUAAUUCCUAAUGAUGUUCCUGGAAAACGUAAAGCCUAGACUCUUUGGCUUUCUUUUAAAUUCUGACUUGUGCUUAUUGGACAGCGCUAGGAAGUCAAUUCUGCUCUUGAACUUCAGCAUCUGCAAGUGUGGGAUGAGGCUGAUAGUAUGUACCUACCUCACUGGGGGACACAGAGGCUUAAUUCACCCCCAGGACAUGUGAGCAGAGCUGAGACUAAUGUCUGAUAUUUGCUUAAAAUAUGACCAGACCAGUCACUUGGCAAAGGAGGACACCUGGGCUGCAGAGCAAGAGGACUCCUGCUCCCUGAGCACUGAGGGCAACUGCCUGUCAUCGUCCCUUCUGCAAAGGCUGGGCUGAAGAUACCAGCUCAGGGCGGCUCGAGGGGAUGCCAGAGUCCUUCAAUGGGGAGAAAGUUGCGGCUGAGGGGAUGAGGGAGGGCAUCGUGGUGUUCUAUCCCAGAGGCUGGCAAACUACAGCCUGCAGGCCUGUAUUUUAUAGCCUGCCGGCUAAGACUGGUUUUUACAGUUUUAAAGGGUUGUAAAAAAAGAAAAGGAAGAGAAUGUGUGACAAGUGUAUAUGGCCCAGAAAGCCUAAAAUAUUUACUAUCUGUACUGUCUGGCUCUUUUCAUAGAAAGUUUGCUGGCUCCUGUUCUAGAGGGUCUAUUUGUGAACAACCUCCUGGAGCUCAAAGGGGCAGAGGGGGUCCGGGGGAAACCCAGGGCUCCUCCUUCCAACUCACUUUUCUGACCCUGAGCACAGAAGACCCAGCUGCCAUUGUACACAGGGACAAUUCCACACCCUGUUCUCCAAUUGUGGUGCUAGGAUGGGAUACUUCUGUGCAAGGAGGCCUCCUGAGAAACCAGAAUGAGUUGAUGGGGGAAGACAGAGGGUCAGCUUGGCUCCUCUUAGAGGGGCUGGGAUAGGCUUGGCCUCACUCCUGGGGAUGUUAUCAGUCAUCAGAGCCUUGGACACAGGGACUCGUCCCCAUCACUGACUGCAAGGCCAGAGGGAGCACGCCCCCUUACAGUAGAGUCUAUGUUGUGUGAUUUUUGUGCUCUUGUUUAUAAUUUAUGCAAACCAUCAAGAAACCCAAACCAGUCUGGCGAGUGAAAAUCAUGCAGAUGCUGCAUGCCUCCUCAGGCUUCUGUGGUAAAAAUCAGUUGGAGGAUGUAGCAGGUACUAUGUGAGUGAAAAUGAAUAGAGAUCCUUAUUCCACUCCCUAAUGGCAUACCAAGAUGAAAUUAAAAACCUCUUACAAAUGACCUGUUGUUUAUUCAGGGGCAGGGGUGGUGGGUAGGGAACCAGGGGACAUGGAUGUUUUGCCCACAGAGGCAUGGGGAGGGGAUUAUGGUGAAGCUUUACAUGGAGGGAAAGAGUAACUGUAAGAAAACGCAAGAAAGGGGUCUUCACCCUCCUGCCAAGAUGGAUUCAAAGACCUCAGUCCUUACAAGAACCCCUCCAGAAGGAGGCACUGGGAAUAUUCCACCUUUACCACCACGUUCACCCGAGGCAGAACAGUUUGCGAUGUGCAUCGUAAGAGCAUUUGCUUGGAAAUCAGAGCAGAGUCAUGGAGCAAGAGGAAGAUUCCUUAUGCAGGCCUGAAGACAGAUGCCCAGACAGGGUGGGGGCAGAGCAACAGACAGUGGCUCCCUUGGUAGACUCUCAACAAUUUUAAAUGUGACAUAUGGCUGGGUGAUAGUUACAACUAUGAAGAAAAGAAGUAAGGAAACAGUAUGGAUGUAAGACCACAAGACAUACUCAAAGGGUGGCAUCAAUUUUUGUCUUCUCUCACCCACCUGCAGUGGUUCAGACCCUUCCACCCCAACCUCUGGUUCACCCACUCCAUAUGAGAAGCUGGCUCUGCCUCUUGCUGAGGGCCUGGAAGCAGAGAGAUGUGAGUUAUAUGGCCAGGCUGGCAGGAAGAGCCCACCAAGGAAGCCUGUAUCUCAGACUGGCCUCCACUGGGCUAGCCUGGUUCCAUCUCCAGUUCCCAGAGAGAGUUUAGGCCUGAGACCCUUACCCCUCAUGUUUGCCUAAUUGACAAUUGACUUAUCCUUCAGACAGUUCUUAUCCUUAUCCUUUCACAAUUGCCUAAUUGGCUUAUCCUUCCGAAUCAACCCAGACUUGGCCUUCUCUCAAAGAAGCCUGCAAAGCCAGGUUAGGUGCCUGUGUGGAGUAACUGGGCAAGGCGACCUGCUGCAACAACUCCCGCCCCCCACCCAUUUUAUAAUAGCUCAAACACAAGAUAAACUUAUAUUUUUGCUCACAUAAAAAACCUGGGAGGGAGUUCAGGUUAGAAGGACACCUCUCUUCCACGCAUAAUGAUGGCUCUGCUCAUGGCUUCUAAGAUUUCCCUGGGGAUUGGCUGUUUCCAUUCUUCUUUUCUCUUUUCCCCUUCCAGCUGAAAGUGGGCAAGUCUUGAUCCAAAUUCCAGCUCCUCCGCUCACUAACUGUGUGGACUUGGACAAGUUCCUUCACUCUGCUGAGCCUCUGAUGACUCAUGCACAGUACGGGCAUGGUGUUUGUCACUAGCUGCCACGGAGGGGUUAUGAGGACAAGUGAGAUAAGACGUACAAAGCACUCAGCCCCGCAUUGGGCACAUGGAAAGUGCCCAAUGUGUGUGAGCUGUGGGGCCAGGGGCCAGACCCUGCUCUCUGGGUUUGGUCAUUGAUGAAAGGCUUACGGGAGCCUCAGACCAUAUUUGAGAAAAAAGAACACACCCUGGUUCACCUGAGAUAGGCAGGCCCCUAUCAUGUCUCCCCAUAACAUCUUUCAGUCUCAGUGUAGAUCUUAUUUAGCCUCAGUUACAAUUGUGGGGAAUGGUACGUUUUUGUUUUGUAUUGUUUUUUAAAGGCAUGCAGAUAAAAUUCCAAUUCCAAAGACACAUUAAGAACUCUGACCCCGAGUCAGGUCAUCAGAGAUUUCUCCAGCCAUCUAGUCACUUUCCGGCUCACACAAUAGGGCUGAGAUGAGAGUGAGAGCCAGGAUCCGUCGGCUGACUUUUCUGAAUGGGAGAAUUUUGAGUUGACCUAACGUAAAUCAAAAAUGGGAAGAAAGUGGAAUUUGUCAAUGCCAAACCCAAAGACAAAAUAAGUUUGUUUUUAAGUGAACUGCAAGUAAAGUCAAAGUAUUUUUCUCUUCUCCCCUUCUCCGAUCCCCUCACAUAUAAAUGCAAAUAUAUUCCAUCAGUCCAAACUGGGCUGCAGACUGACAUAAUUUAACCAGGAUAAAAACCAAAUUAAUACCUUGUUUUCCUGAGCUCUUUUGUUUACCAUGUUGCAACAUUCUGUUCAAUGACAAGAAAGGGAGACAACCUUUAGGGCUCAAAAGAAGGCCUUGAGAUGUUUAUGCUAAAAAUAUAGUCCCUCUAGACCUGAAUGAGGUGGACAAUUGGAGAUUCCCUGCCUUGAAGUUUAUGUCAUAUUUGAAGUUCCCUACAUGCAUAACCUUGAGCAAGGCUCUGAGCCUCCAUUUCUUCAUCUAUAAAAUGGGGCCAAUAACACUUGCCUGUCUUACAGCUUGGUUGUGAGCAUGAAAGGAAAUAGUUAGGAAAGAACUUUGUAGACCAUGAAGUGCUGUGCAAAUAGGAGGGCUUCUUAGUAUCUUGUCUCAGGAGGCACACACACACGCAGAUGGGCCCCUUGGGGAGCACAGCAUCCGUGUGAGCAGUGUCCUCCUUGGGUGGAUGCCCACAGCAGGAAAGGGAUGCCCCAGAUCAGAGGGAGAAUAAUCAUUUCCUCUCUCAGCAGCUGUGGAUUACUGCUGCCACUGCCUGAUGGGCCUUCUCCCCUCCAGGGGAGCAUUCUGAGGGAAAAAAAAAAAAAACCAGCCUAGGGUGGCUCAGCCCCUAGUGGAUGGUGCAUUGACUAAUCUGUCACUAUUUUUCAUCUUCCCCUGCCACCCCCUGUGCCUAAGAAGGGAAAAGUUGAGCCUGCCCCUGAUCUUUGGUGGGAGUGACCCACCCUAGAUAAUUGUGCCGCUGACCAAUUUAUCUGGUCCUUUUAGCAGCUUAUUCAUUCAUUUAGUUCAUUCAUUUAAUUCACUCAAUAAGUAUCUACUGCACACCUAGAAUAUGCCAGGCUCUGGGAUGGGUCAUAGAAAUAGAGGUGAGCAGAAAGAGACAUUGGCCCUGCCCUCAUGGAGAUUAUAACUUAGUGGAGGAAAUAGCCAUUAACCAAAAAUGCUAAUAAAUUUAACUUGCAUUGUAUUAAGAGCCACAAGAGGAAAGUCUUAGAGCUGUAAGAGAGAAUGUAGGGAAGUAUGACCUAGUCGGGAAAGUCAGAGAAGGUUUCUCUGAGCGAGUGAUGAUGGAGUGAGGACUUUAUUCAUGUCUCCUAGUGCCCUCCGCCAUCAAGUAUAAUUCUGUUUCUCCUUUCUGCAAGGCCCUGUUCUAACUGCCAUGGGUGGAAAGAAUCUGAUAAGCUAAUGCCCUCCAAGGUGUUCACUGAUAAGGUCUAAAGAAGUUGCUUAUAGAGUCUUAUAGUACAAAAUGCCUUCACAAUCAAAGGAAUGGGACACUGUCACUCAAUCAACACAUGUUUAUUAAGCCCCAUGGUGGAUAUUUGCUGUUUUCUGGCCUCUCGGCCUCCAUUCAGUCUAUUUCUGAUAACAUCACCUUGAUUUUCUGAGGGACUUGACCUUCCUCCAUCAUGUGUAGAUUUGUGGGACUGUAAAUCAAGGUGACUGGGCUGCUGUAACCAAGGAGCAGGCGCAUGUAACCAAAGCUAGGCCAACAACCCUCUCCCAGGACUUGAAUCUGAGGGAGUGGCAUAAGGUGGGAAACUUGUUUGGAGUUGCUUCAUUUCUGUAGGUGCACCUGAUGAGAUGGCCAAACAGUUCCUGUCGCCAGGCCCCCAGAGCUGCUCUGCUCCCUAUUUGUUGCCAAGACUGGUCUCCCAGUACCCUGUGAUUCCAUGAGCAAUCUUCUCUGCUAUUCCAAUAAAGACACU